UUCUGCAGUUUUUCCGAUUUGUGUACUAAAAUUUUAUAAUUUUCUUUAAUGGGAAAUUUUCCUUUAUCGUUUGGUGCUAUUUUCCCGACCGGGAGUGCGACUUUAGUGCAAAAAACUCGAUUUGAAAACUCUAUAUUUGCCUGACGUUUGCUGUCAGUUGGAAGUCACCCGAAGUCAGAAUGGAAAGCAGGACUAAAUGUCAUCCAUAUUGAAUGACAUUUUCGUAGUUCUUCUCCAGGUUUUGAAGACUUUGGAAGGAUGCGGUUUAGAAAUGAGUGGCUUAAUGAAAUCGGUGCUUAGAACUGAAAGGCAGUGCCCAGCCGCUAUGGACAUGUUCCAGGAGAAGGAAAAUCCAUUACCAACAGAUUUUCAAGUCACAUGGAUGGAUAUUCUUGAACUCAACAAGCUAACAGCAGUGGCUCAGAAAGUCAAAGCCACUUCCAAGCAAACAACGAAAAUGAAAAUGAGCAAAGUGGGAAACCAAACAAAUUCACAAGAUCCGCAGGCCGUUAAUUCGCGCGUAUUUGUCGGUAACUUGAAUACGUUCCAGUGUUCCAAAACGGACGUUGAAAGGAUGUUUCAGAGAUAUGGCAGACUUGCUGGUAUCUCCAUGCAUAAAGGAUAUGCUUUCGUCCAGUUCACAAACCCCUUUGAUGCGAGAAGCGCCUGUUUAGGAGAAGACGGAAGAACGGUUCUCAGUCAAAUUUUAGAUGUGAAUAUGGUAGCAGAACCCAAACCCCACCAAACCGGAAGAAAACGGCAGAAUAUGACGAAAACUGGAAACGACUGGGACUAUUAUUACGACAGUUAUUAUGCAUCAACAGCGUUUCCUAUUGGUCCGACAAGAUUAGCGCCUCCAAUCAAACGACAGAGACUGAUGGCAGCGUCCGCAAGAAAUGGCAAAACCUGCCAGAUACAAAAAUCUACCUUAGUGCCACCGUUGGAUCAGUUCAAAGUCUACAGCAAUCAAGACAUCCUAAUAUGCGGAAAUUGCCGCGAAAUGUUCUCCGACCUCCACGACUUGUUGGAACACAAGAAAAACUACUGCAAACUUAGAUUCACCUGCAAAUGCGAAAGCAGUAAAACGCGGUCUUCAAUAGAUGAACAUUCAACAGCAGCACUCUUAUGCGUGCAGUGCAAGGAUGCGUUCCAGAAUGCUUGGGAUCUGAUGGUUCAUGCCCAGGCAGCCCACAUGAUCAACAUCUAUGAGCUGGGAGUGCCCACAAUUGGCAACUGCUCAUCUCCCCCCAUAUCGCCUAGGGAUAACAACACGCCAGACAAGGACAGUAAAGCAGUGAACCACAUCGACGAAGAAAAUGAGGAUCAUGUGGAAAAUGGCUCGUUGGAAAACGGAAGAGAUGGCCUGACUGGAACGCCCGAUUCCGCCAACUCGCCCAACGACAAAGACCUGGAAGAGCUACUGGAAGUUGAUCAUCACCAGGCCACUGCGGCUAAAACAAUAAUGCACGCAAGUAUUGUGAGCGAGUCGGCUGGUCAGCCUGGAGCGUCUCCGCCCCCCAUUGGGGCCACGGCUCCCCUUGCCCAAAUCGCGGACCCCUGGAAGUCCCAGACUGGCCUCAGCCCCAACUUUGAGGGCAAGUCGUAUUGAGGAAUUGCCGACAGGUUUUGAUCCAGGAUAUAUUAGUCUAGUGUAAAUUUGGAAUAGUAGAUUAAUCAGCUGUUAGCUUCAGCUUUGAGAGUGAUGUUGUAGGAUUGUUUCUAUAUUGAGUGGGUUUUGGUGGGUUUGAGGAUUAUGCUAGCGUUUCCGUAAACGUGAAUUGCGGCAAAGCCGCCGCGAAAAACAUCCGCCGUUUUUAUCAGUUGUGUUUUGUACCGACAGGCUUUGGGUUUCUCGGUGUUUUUGAUCGUUAUUUGCAUUUUGUGCACGUUUUCAAUUUACAGACUUGAUUUUGGCAAAGUCCUACAGGUAUCCGAUCGUGGAUAGCCAAAACUGAUAUUAAAUUCGAUAGGGGAAAUAAUGCGAUACGUUUCGCAUUGUUUUCACAUCUAAAGUAUGAGAGAUUCUUUUCCUGUUACGUUAAGCUUAUAAUGACUGUUCCGGCCCUUAAACAACUUAACGUGAGAGACAACAUACUUCUUGAUGGCUUGUUUUAGUUUACAGUGAUUUGACGAGUGGCGCCUUUUUUUAAACGUAAAAAAGAUGCUUGAGUUGUCUGAAUCCUCCUUUUCAUUAUUCCGUACGCUGAGCAAAAAGCUUUUACGAAAACUGGAAAAUCAAUGACACCACACUCUUUAGACAUUAUUAUUUUAUAAAAGUAGGAAGCUUGUCGAAAAUUACAAUUUUUUUUGCGGUCGCCGAUUUCGUUUUUUUUUUUCAUAACGAGGUUCAGAGAAUUUGGUAUAGAAAAACAAGCAGUUUGUUCACUCCAGAAACCUCGAGAAUUGAGGUGUUAAGAUUUUUUAUGCGUUCAUUGGAAUACAUCAUUCAUCAUCAUACAACAUUGGAAUCUUCGCACAUAUCCGAAACAAAUCGAUUAUUCGCGCUUUGUAAAUUUUCACCUAGAUUGCGUCUUUCUUCCUGUAUACACUUAUAAAAACCUUAAAUAUUUGUUUAUUUUUUUACAAACUUCUUUUUGGGUAU